AUGAACUCGUUUCAAUUUCUAGCCACUAAUGUGGCGCGGGCAGUGGAUUCUCAGCCGCUCCGUGGCCCAACGGAUCCUGCAGCUAAAGACCAACAGCCCGAUGACCUGGUGGGCGAUUCAGAUAUCGUAGCCAGACCUUUGGAGUCUAGUUUUGUCGAGGAAUCGCAGCAGGAUACUAGCAGUUCCUGGUUCAUGCUGGUAAUGAGGGCCAUCUUCUUUUUCCCCAACCUGCUGGUGAUUAGCCCGAUGGUGUUUGUGUGCUCGCUGCUAUUGUUCCCGUUCAAAGUGGUUCUUUCGUAUGUGUGGGGGACGCCGCCGGACUCCUCUCCUGAGAACGAGUCUGCUUAUGAUGAGGGUGAUACUACUGAAUUGCUGGAAGCUCCUGAGGACCCGCAAUUGGAAGCCACCAAGGCGUAUGCUACUGGGAUCACCACCAUCACAGAGGACGAUAUCGAGUUUGAUAUGACUCCACAUGCUGCCAUACCCGACGAUCAGCUUAAGAGCCCCACCACAGUGCCGUACCGGAGCGUUCAGAGCUCCGGGGCAGGCAUUGGCUCAAGAAAGCGCCGAUCGCGGUUCCUAUUCCCUCGUCUUCUGAUCAACAACAACUUUAAACUGGACAGCCCGCCUUCAAUGCCUAGAAAGACGCUUGUCCUCGAUCUGGAUGAAACCCUGAUUCAUUCUCUCUCGCGCCACAACUCGUCUGUUCUCGGGAAAUCCAAAGGUGCCAUGGUCGAGAUCAGACUCUCCAGUCAACUGGCUACACUGUAUUAUAUCUACAAACGGCCCUACGUGGAGGAAUUUUUGGCAAUUGUGCGCAAAUGGUACAAUUUGGUGUGUUUUACUGCGAGUAUCCGCGAGUACGCGGAUCCGGUGAUAGACUAUUUGGAGUCUGAGGUUCUGCUGAGAUCUGGCAACGACAGAGAGUUCUUCAAGAAGAAAGUGUUUCAGCAAAGAUAUUAUAGAAACAACUGCAUUUUCGAGGAGGGCAAGGGCUAUAUCAAGGAUUUGGAUGUGCUUGUUCUGCGAAAAGAACGUUCAUUGAAACCCAAUCGCAGUGCGGAGGAACUGGUCAAGCCAGAAGAGACCGAUCUCAGCAAGGUGGUGAUCAUCGACAACUCACCCAUUAGCUAUAGCAGGCAUAGGGACAACGGCAUUAUGGUGGAGGGUUGGAUAAAUGACCCAAACGAUGUAGAGCUGAUGAACCUCUUGCCUCUCUUGAAUAGUUUGCGCUUCACCAGCGACGUGAGAAGUGUGUUAAGUCUCAAGGAGGGCCAGAUCACCUUUGAGAAAUGA